AAAGGCGCUAAGCCCGCGGCAGUCCCUUUUGCCGCCGCCUCCCCGCCCGGCGCCCAUAUAACCCGCCGUCCCUGCAGCCCGCCCCGCAGCCCAGUGAGAAGGCAGCGGUUCAGCCCGGUUCUCUGCGACGCCGACGCCCCGGCCAGCAGCCAGAAUGAGCCGCAGCGUGGGAGAGAUGACCCAGUCCGCCUCUUCCUCCCCUGGCGAGGGAGCUACCUUCGAGCAUCUGUGGAGUUCCCUGGAGCCAGACAGCACCUACUUCGACCUUCCCCAACCCAGCAGGGGGAAUAGCGAGUCAGUGGGCAGCGAGGAGACCAGCAUGGAUGUCUUCCACCUGCCAGGCAUGGCCCAGUUCAAUUUGCUCAGCAGCGCCAUGGACCAGAUGGGCAGCCGCGUGGCCCCGGCCAGCCCCUACACCCCGGAGCACGCUGCCAGCGCACCCACCCACUCGCCCUACGCGCAGCCCAGCUCCACUUUCGACACCAUGUCUCCAGCGCCUGUCAUCCCUUCCAACACUGACUACCCUGGCCCCCACCACUUCGAGGUCACCUUCCAGCAGUCCAGCACAGCCAAGUCGGCCACCUGGACGUACUCUCCACUUUUGAAGAAGUUGUAUUGUCAGAUUGCCAAGACGUGCCCUAUCCAGAUCAAGGUGUCCACGCCGCCACCCCCGGGCACGGCCAUCAGGGCCAUGCCCGUCUACAAGAAGGCAGAGCAUGUGACCGACAUCGUUAAACGCUGCCCCAACCACGAGCUUGGCAGGGACUUCAAUGAAGGACAGUCUGCCCCGGCUAGCCACCUCAUCCGAGUAGAAGGCAACAACCUCUCCCAGUAUGUGGAUGACCCUGUCACCGGAAGGCAAAGUGUGGUUGUACCCUAUGAACCCCCACAGGUGGGGACAGAAUUCACCACCAUCCUGUACAACUUCAUGUGUAACAGCAGCUGUGUAGGGGGCAUGAACCGGAGGCCCAUCCUCGUUAUCAUCACCUUGGAGACCCGGGAUGGACAGGUUCUGGGCCGCCGGUCUUUCGAGGGUCGCAUCUGUGCCUGCCCUGGCCGUGACCGCAAGGCCGAUGAAGAUCACUUCCGGGAGCAGCAGGCCCUCAACGAGAGCACCACAAAGAAUGGCGCUGCCAGUAAACGUGCGUUCAAGCAGAGCCCUCCCGCCAUCCCUGCCCUGGGCGCUAACGUGAAGAAGAGGCGGCACGGGGAUGAGGACAUGUUCUACAUGCAUGUGCGAGGCCGGGAGAACUUUGAGAUCUUGAUGAAAGUCAAGGAGAGCCUCGAACUGAUGGAACUUGUACCUCAGCCUCUGGUCGACUCCUACCGACAGCAGCAGCAGCAGCAGCUCCUACAGAGGCCGAGUCACCUGCAGCCUUCAUCCUAUGGGCCCGUCCUCUCCCCGAUAAACAAGGUACACGGCGGCGUCAACAAGCUGCCCUCCGUCAACCAGCUGGUGGGCCAGCCUCCACCACACAGCUCGGCAGCUGGGCCCAACCUGGGACCCAUGGGUUCCGGGAUGCUCAACAGUCACAGCCACACCAUGACGGCCAACGGUGAGAUGAACGGUGGCCACAGCUCCCAGACCAUGGUUUCAGGAUCGCACUGCACCCCGCCACCCCCCUAUCACGCAGACCCAAGCCUCGUCAGUUUUUUAACAGGAUUGGGGUGUCCAAACUGCAUCGAAUGCUUCACCUCCCAAGGGUUACAGAGCAUCUACCACCUGCAGAACCUCACCAUAGAGGACCUCGGGGCCCUGAAAAUUCCCGAUCAGUACCGCAUGACCAUCUGGAGGGGCCUGCAGGACCUGAAGCAGAGUCACGACUGCGGGCAGCAGCUGCUCCGCUCCAGCAGCAAUGCGGCCACCAUCUCCAUCGGUGGCUCUGGCGAGCUUCAGCGGCAGCGGGUCAUGGAAGCUGUACAUUUCCGCGUACGCCACACCAUCACUAUCCCUAACCGCGGAGGCCCAGGUGGGGUGGCGGGCCCGGACGAGUGGGCAGACUUUGGUUUUGACCUGCCUGACUGCAAGUCUCGGAAGCAACCCAUCAAAGAGGAAUUCACGGAGACAGAGAGCCACUGAGGGCCGUGCCUUCUCCUUCCUCGGUGAGAAACGGCCCUUGGAAGCAGGACCUCUCACCUGUACCCACGGAAACAGCAAGGGUCUUUUGCCAGACGCCAUUUCCGACGGAAUGACACUCAUGAACUGCUCGUAGGAAACUUCUGGAACUGCCCUACCUACAUGGACACGAACGAGGCAGGUUGUGGGCCAAAGGCUGAGACAGGGGCUGUCCCUUUGUGGGUGGGUAAGCCAGCACCCACUCUCUAUGCCCGUUCUUUCUUGAGGACUCUGCCAUCUCCAGGACAGAGCGAGAGCCUUCUCUCACCCUCUGCCACAAAGUAUUCCAGCGUCUUAUAGUUCCUGCUAGCUGUGAGCAGCCCGGCCACCGUAGCUUCUGCAGGUUGAUUCCAAACCGUGUCUUGAAGGUGAAGUCCGGAGAAGCCUCUGUAGGAUGUGGGGAUGGAUCCUGUCCUGUAUGUAUGCCAUUCUGCUUGUCCCCAAAUCUCCUGCCCAGAACAAAGUCAGAGUCCAGGGGAGGCUGGAGGACCAGAGGAAGCUUCUGGCAUCAGCCCUCAGCCAGCACCCAAAACACGCUGGCCACAGCCUCUCUGCGGACCCAUCUCAGCAGCCAGAGGGACAGGGGGAGUCUCAGACUAUUGAAAAUUGAAUUGUCAAUAUUUGAUAAAAUGUUACUCUUUCUA